UCGGUGCGAGCGGCCCAGGGCCUGCCCGCAGGGGGAAUGAAUGGUCCCAGCCCCGGGGGGCUGCUUUGCCUUCCUCGCCCCCGCAGCCGCUAGCCUGGGCAACGGACUGGGUUGCUGCUGGGAAAGACGUUCCUCCUCCCACGGCAGCAGUCCGGAGCGGGGCAGGCAGAGGAUGGGGCGCCCCGGCUGCCCUUCGGCAGGGCAUCAGUUGCUAGCAAGUGUCACAGGAGAGCUUGCUGCAUGAAUGAACCAGGAAGAAGAAGAGCUGCUUCAGAGAGAGGAUCCCAGCCGCGCUUUCUCCUCCUGCAGCUCUGAAGUGUGGGAGGGAGACACACACACACAAAGAGAGAGAGACAGAAAUCCCAGGUCUUGGGGAGAUGAGAAGCAGAAGCAACUCUGGAGUCCGCUUGGAUGGCUAUGCCCGACUGGUUCAACAGACCAUUUUAUGUCACCAGAAUCCAGUUACUGGACUGCUUUCGGCCAGCACGGAGGAAAAGGAUGCUUGGGUCCGGGACAAUGUCUACAGCAUCCUGGCUGUGUGGGGUCUGGGAAUGGCUUAUCGGAAGAAUGCAGACCGGGAUGAGGAUAAGGCAAAAGCCUAUGAACUUGAGCAGAAUGUUGUGAAACUGAUGCGGGGACUUUUGCAAUGUAUGAUGAGACAGAUGGAUAAAGUAGAGAAGUUCAAAUACACACAGAGUACCAAGGACUGCUUGCAUGCCAAAUAUAAUUCAGCCACUUGUGCCACAGUAGUAGGAGAUGACCAGUGGGGACAUCUACAAGUAGAUGCAACUUCCCUUUACCUGCUCUUCCUAGCACAGAUGACUGCAUCAGGAUUGCAUAUUGUAUUCACCCUUGAUGAAGUUGCCUUUAUACAGAAUCUUGUUUUUUACAUAGAAGCUGCCUAUAAAGUCGCUGACUAUGGAAUAUGGGAACGUGGUGAUAAAACCAAUCAGGGCAUCCCUGAACUGAAUGCAAGCUCUAUAGGCAUGGCCAAGGCUGCCCUGGAAGCAAUUGAUGAACUAGACCUUUUUGGAGCCCAUGGGGGGUGCAAGUCUGUGAUUCACGUCCUUCCUGAUGAAGUUGAACAUUGCCAGUCUAUUCUAUACUCCAUGUUACCAAGGGCAUCCACGUCAAAGGAGAUUGAUGCUGGACUCUUGUCCAUUAUUUCUUACCCAGCUUUUGCAGUGGAAGACGUGAACGUUGUUAAUGCAACCAAAAGUGAAAUCCUCACCAAACUGCAAGGGCGUUAUGGCUGCUCUCGCUUCCUUCGAGAUGGAUAUAAAACACCAAGAGAGGAUCCAAACAGGUUACACUAUGAUCCUGCUGAGCUCAAACUGUUUGAGAAUAUAGAAUGUGAGUGGCCAGUAUUCUGGACGUACUUCCUAAUUGAUGGAGUGUUUAAUGGGGACAAAAUUCAGGUUCAAGAGUACAGAGAGGCCCUGGAGGGAAUAAUUAUUAGAGAAAAGAAUGGAAUUCUUCUGAUGCCAGAGUUGUAUGCUGUCCCUCCAGACAAGGUGGAUGAGGAGUAUGAAAAUCCUCACUCAGUGGAUCGUCUCCCAGGUGGAAAGUUGCCUCAUCUGUGGGGCCAGUCUUUAUACAUCCUCAGUUCCCUAUUAGCAGAGGGGUUUCUAGUUACUGGCGAAAUUGAUCCCUUACAUAGGAGAUUUUCAACUGCUUUUAAACCUGAUGUUGUGGUGCAAGUAACUGUCUUGGCAGAAUCAAAUGAAAUUAAGGAAAUCUUGAGACACCAUGAAAUCAGUGUUCAGAGCAUUACAGACAUCUAUCCAAUCCGAGUGCAGCCAGCACGGAUCCUGAGUCACCUUUAUGCCAAGCUUGUCGAUGAUGGCUCUGACAUUGAUCCAGCAGUGCUUGCAACCAUAAGAAAAUUAGACGAUGGGUAUUUUGGAGGGGCAAGGGUAAAGCUAGGCAAACUGUCAGAUUUUCUUAGCACCUCGUUCUAUACGCAUCUGAGCUUCCUGGAUCCAGACUGUGACGGAAAACUGUUCGAUGAUUCUAAUGAUGGCUGUGAUAGUCCCGAAAGUGGAUAUGAAUUAGAAGUGUAUCCAGAUGAUUUAUUUGACAAAGAAAGCCAAGAUGAGCUGGACCAGUAUAUAAACGAUGUGCUGCAAAGCACAGCGCAUAAGUCCUACCUGCCUCCAACUUCAAAGGAUGCUAAUCAGCCUCAUAUGUUCAGUGCUGUUCACUCCAUGCGAGAGAUACUGUCAAUAAUGGCCAAGGCAAAGGGUUUGGAUGUUCCAUGCGCUUCGAUGACUCUUCCAACUAAAGUUUUGAACACUCACCGGAAAUCUCUGAAUCUCGUUGAUUCCCCACAUCUUCUUGAAGUGAAGGAUUCUGAAGCUGUUUUGCACUUACCCAAAGAUGAUCAUGGUGAUUUGGAUUGUGAGAAGUUAGUUGAACAGCUGAAGGAGUGCCCAACUCUACAUGAUCAAGCAGAUAUAUUAUACGUCUUGUAUAUAAUAAAAGGCCCAGACUGGGAUACAGAGCUGAAUGGCCAGUAUGGAGUCACCAUUCAUUGUCUGCUCAAUGAGCUCUACAGCAAGGCAGGCCAGAACCAAGAGUGGGGGUUAAUUCGUUACAUCUCUGGCAUACUCAAAAAGAGAGUGGAAGUUCUGGCUGAGGCAUGCACAGACCUUCUGUCACACCACAAGCAACUUACAGUGGGCCUGCCACCUGAGCCGCGUGAAAAAACUAUUACCGCCCCUCUGCCACCUGAAGAGUUGUCAAAGCUUAUUUAUGAAGCCAGUGGGCAAGACAUCAGUAUUGCAGUCCUUACCCAGGAGAUAGUGGUGUAUUUGGCUAUGUACGUCAGGUCACAGCCCAGCCUUUUUGCAGAGAUGCUCAGACUCCGCAUUGGACUAAUAAUUCAGGUGAUGGCUACUGAGCUGCUUCGCAGUUUGAACUGUUCAGGUGAAGAAGCCUCAGAAAGUUUAAUGAAUCUAAGCCCCUUUGAUAUGAAAAAUCUCCUGCACCAUAUUUUGAGUGGGAAAGAGUUUGGCGUUGAAAGAAGCAUGCGGCCUCUAGAUUCCUCUACCUCCAGCCCUGCAAUUUCUAUUCAUGAAGUGGGGCACACUGGAGCAACUAAAACAGAAAGAAGUGGCAUUACUAGACUGAAGAGUGAAAUGCAACAGAUGAAUAGGAGGUCAUCUGCUGAUGAAAAGUUCUUUUAUGGGGGCCAUUCCAUGUCCAGCAGCAUGCAUGCUUCCAGGUUCACGAGGGGCAGUAUUCCAUCAUCUCCCACUAGGACUUCAUCUCCUAGAGGGUCUACUGGAAACGACAUCAGCUGGGGUGAUCGCCAAGGGCAAUGGCUCCGCAGAAGAAGGCUUGAUGGUGCCAUUAACAGAGUUCCUGUAGGGUUCUAUCAAAAAGUAUGGAAAAUCCUUCAGAAGUGCCAUGGCCUGUCCAUUGAUGGCUAUGUCCUUCCUUCUUCAACUACAAGAGAGAUGACCCCUUGUGAAAUCAAGUUUGCUGUGCAUGUGGAGUCAGUGCUGAACCAUGUACCCCAGCCUGAAUACAGACAGCUGCUGGUGGAAGCUAUUCUUGUUCUCACACUGCUGUCGGACAUAGAGGUGACCAGCAUUGGGGGCAUAAUCCAUGUGGAUCGAAUAGUGCACGUGGCUAACGAUCUAUUUCUUCAGGAACAGAAAUCACUUGGAGGAAAUGAUGACUUCUUGGAGCGAGACCUCGCCACAGGAAUUUGCCACUUUUUCUAUGACAGUGCUCCAAGUGGGGCAUAUGGAACUAUGACAUACUUAACGAAAGCUGUAGCCACCUAUUUACAGGAUUUCCUGCCUAGCACAGGCUGCCUGAUGCAAUAGGCUAUGCCUCUUGAUAAAAAACAAAAGUAAAGAUUCAGAAGCUCUUUUUCCCCCUCUCCUCUCUCUUCCCUAUCCAUAUCUCUUUCAGUUGGUGAACAUAUAUCUUUCACUCCACAGAAUUUAAACACCACUCAUCAUGUGUGAGCACCAAUCUGUAGGGGAGGGCUGAACAAUGAAGAUGGAAUUUGGCCUAAUUCCAGAACUAUGAGAAACAAUUACAAUGAGUGAGGCCUAUUCUGCCCUAAAUGCAAUGUGCAAUUUAAAGUAAAUUAUGUAAGAAUUAUGCACUUAUGCCAAGAGGAAAAUAAUUAGUGUAGAGAUCAAAAAAUAUAAAUAGGGAGAUGCACCUCUGGCAUAAAUUUCCCAACUACAGAGAGUGUAUUUUUUUUGUAUAUUGGAAUUAAUGAACUCUCUUAAGCAUGGCUUCUGUAAAUUGAUGUUGUGAAUAGUUAAAGCACAGUUUAGUGUUAUCCUUCUCUGAUUUAUUCAGUUUCCAGGUGAUAGCCAGGCAUUAUUUUUAAUAUACAUUGAGCCAGAUUCUGAUCUCAAUUACACCAGGGUGAUACAGGAGUAACACCAAUGAAGUCAAGCAUGAGAUCAGAAUUAUGGCUUUCAUAAGUUGGUAGCCUCUCUCUGACGACAUAGCAUCUGCCUUGGGGAAACCUACAUCGUUUGGACCAAUGCAGCUUUGGAGAAGCUGAUCUCUGACUUCCCCUUUUAACGACAGUUUUAUGCUUAUAAUCGUUCUGGCUAGAUGAAUAAACAGCUGCCUGUAGAUCC